UUAGCAUCCGUGCGGCUCGCGCUCACUCAGCCAACCGAUUACUUUUUUUAAAUUUUCAAUUCACUAUCUAUAAUUAUCCCAGAAGCAGUUAACGCUGACGGGAGAGAGGACUUCUCUCCGAAGCUGAAGUCAUGCGGUAAUUUAUUUUGAAAGUUGGAAUACAGCGGAGUCUCUUGAACUGAGAGGAAUAUUGUGUGCCAGAUGCUGCCCAGAAGAUGAGCAGCAGCGAAGUACAGAUCGGGGAAAUCAGCGGAAUCCCGGGCUGUCAACGGUAGUGUGGCGAGGGUAGAUAAGCCCCCUUAUGAGGUGAAAACCCUCCCCUGUCCUGCAGUUUCCCCCCCAGCACCAACAACAGGAAUAAGGGAUGUCACGGCUGUUCCUCUUUGCGGCAAUGCUGAUUGUCUCCUGCAGCAUUGAAGUGUCUCCUGCUGAUUCUCUGGAUAAGCUGAAGGAGAGUUGGAAGUUAUACAUGGACGAGUGUGAGCGCAACAACAGCCAAGACCCGCCAAGCACCGGUCUUGUGUGCAACAGGUUAUUUGACAAUUACGCCUGUUGGCCUGAUGGACUCCCCAACACCACAGUCAGUGUGACGUGUCCAUGGUAUCUUCCGUGGCACAAUAAAGUACAUCAUGGCAUGGUUUAUCAGGAAUGUGAUGCAAGCGGCCAGUGGGCGACUAUGAAGAAUACCAGCGAGUGUGAUUCUAAUGAUCAAAGUCUGCAGUACUACGGCCAUAUUCGGAUCAUGUACACAGUGGGAUAUUCCUUAUCACUGGUGGCUUUGGUGUUGGCGCUUGGCAUCCUGAUAUUCUUUAGGAAACUGCACUGCAUGAGGAACAACAUCCACAUGAAUCUGUUUGCCUCCUUCAUCCUGCGAGCGAUGUCUAUCCUCAUUAAAGAUGCACUGAUGGAGGCCAACCUCACAUCGCAGGACCUCGGCGGGGACCAGGAGCAGGGAUUCCCGCAGGCGUCCAUGCCUCCAGUGGAGCUGCUGGUCAACAAUGAGACUGCUGUGGGCUGUCGCAUCGCCAUGGUGAUGAUGCAGUACAGUAUAAUGGCCAACAGCUACUGGCUGCUGGUGGAAGGCAUCUACCUCCACAACCUGCUGGUCAUCACUGUGUUCACAGAGAGGAACUACUUCAAAAUCUACCUGUGCAUUGGCUGGGGUACCCCGUUAAUAUUCCUCGUGCCCUGGGUGAUAGCUAAACACCUGUAUGAAAACCAAGAGUGCUGGGGACAAAAUAUAAACAUGCAUUACUGGUGGAUCAUCCGUUCCCCCAUACUGCUAGCAGUUGUGAUCAACUUCCUUAUCUUUAUCCAUAUCAUCAAAAUUCUGGUGUCAAAACUUAGAGCACACCAAAUGAGGUAUACAGAUUACAAAUUCAGGUUGGCUAAGUCAACUCUAACCCUGAUCCCCCUGCUGGGCAUCCAUCAGGUGGUCUUCAUCUUCGUCACAGAUGAGUCCACCAAGGCCACCAUAGGACUGCGUCUCACCAAGCUCUUCAGCGACCUCUUCUUCUCCUCCUUCCAGGGUCUCUUGGUGGCCAUCUUGUACUGCUUUGUCAACAAAGAAGUGCAAUCGGAGAUCUUGAAGAAGUGGAAGCGCUGGAAGCUAGGGAGGAACAUAGAGGAGGAAUACCGCCACACCUACAGCAAUACCCCCAACACCAAGACAGCAAGCCUGCUGAACCACGUCUCUCGUCUGCCUCAUCUCCCUGACAUCGCCAAGACCUCCUCCCCAGUCUGCAGCCCUGAGGAGACGCACAUGCUUGUGGCUGGAUGUCACAAUGGUAUGGUCAGCAGUAAGGGGGCAGGCCAGUGUGCCUCCCCGCUUCACGAGGGAACAAACUGCACCCUACUGGAGGACAUGAGCCUUACGGACAGGGUGCAUUGUUACGAGGGUCAGAGAGAGAAUGUGGAGAGCCACCUGUGAAAGGUACCAGGAACAAGACCUUAUUGAGCUCUCCUCUGGCUCUGUCAUACUGCCCUGGGUGGCUGUGAAGAGCAGGGCUGAUGAACUCAUCUGUCAGAGUGUCUUUGCCCAGAGAUUGGUGAAACUGAACGGAGAUCAGCCCUCUCCACAGCCUGAGAACGGAGAAUAAUACGGCAGCCUCCUACACUGAGAUAUGCUGUGAGCCGUGUAAAUUGAUUUCUGUACAUGUUUGUCGGACAGCAGAAGAAACUGCUGCAUUUUGAACAAUAGCAUCUCAAGGCAGAUAAGCCAUGUACAAAUAAUAAGACAAAAACCUCAAACCUCAAAUAGCAACAAUGGAAACUAAACAAAAAGAAAAACAGUGUCAUGGCUUGAGCCUCUGCUUUACUUUGUGAUGUGUAUCAAAUGUGUGUUUUGUGAUACUGGAGGCUAAAGACAACCUGGACAUUGAACUGCAUACACAAAAAGACCAAACAAGUUAAUCAUAACAAAUAGUAGGAAACAAAAUGCUUCUUUGCUUUGCUUUGAUAUCUGAUUUAUUGUCUAACAAGAGAAUAAGCAUUCUGCUUCAUACAGUGAGGUGACCACAGUGCUGUCCCGGGGGACGUGGAAAUUGGCAGCUGCUCUCACCAGGUCAUUCCUGGCUUACAUAUAGCCAAGUGAUGGUAUGAGAUGAAUUAUAAAUCAGUUAAAAUUGCUUGACUAGGUGUUUUACAGAAAAUAAGUGUUUUUUUUAUAUAGGUCUAAACAAUGGAUUCUGUCGAGUGCUUAAGUUGUAACUGUGCAAAUGUGCCAGGUGUGUUUUCAAGGGGGUGUAUUUUCAAUUUUGUAAAAGUGAAUGUUUUCUUUUCACCUAGCCAUCAAGAUGUUGUCUGACUCACUUGCCCUGAACCUCAACAUAAUAACCCACUCAACCCUUGAGAUGAAAGCAGAGGAAACUGUGCACUCAAAUCAAGGAUAAAAAUACACAGCAUAUAGACAUGGCCUGUAGAGGCACACAUGCAUACAGAAUGAAUCUAACACUGUGACUCAAAGUAACUUGUCAUCUCUGGCACAGGGGUGUUUUUGCCGGUUUAAAUAUAGGCUGUCAUGCAUGCAGAUUUUGCAUAUUUAGUUUAGGUUAUUACAGUGCCAUCUCAUUAGUGUCCCCACUGUGCAAAUGCAAAAAAGAGAAGAAAAACCGUUUGUGUUAAUAAUUUUCUGUGCCCAGUUACUCUACAAACAGUGUUUAAUAUUCAGCCUUACCCUGUGUGUGCAGGGGCUGUGGACAAAUCUCUAAAAGUAGAACAAAACCUAUAAUGACAAAUAAAAGCUAAAUUAGCAGUGGUACAUUCGCUUAUGAAUACAUUGCAUUUCUUUUCAAAAGAGGGAAGCCUCCUUCAUAACGUUUAUUUUUUUUGAGUUUCAUCUUGACGUUGUAUGUAUGACUAUUUGCACAAUGUUAAUUUAUAAUUGCUAAAUACUGUGUAUAUAUGUGUUUAUACAGGUGAUUUAUUUGAUAGCUGUCAAUAUUUGAUUGUUUCUUGGCUUACGUGUGCGUGUUUGUAUAUUUUCAAGUGGGCAUGAAUGCGUGUGGUUUAAAUAUUCCAGAUUUGUGGAUGUGCUGCAGUAAAGAUGAAUCAUCGGCAUCAGCCAGAUAAGCGAUGUGUUGAUAUGACCCCGUUCAAACAGAGCUCGGAGGUCAGUGGUCAGUGCGAGUCCCACUCUAGCAUAAACAGUGUGCGUCACAUGAAAAAGUAAUGCCUGUAUAAGGAAUAACAAGAACAGAGCUUUGUGUUUUACUAUGGGAGCUGCUCUCAUUGUGGUUCCUGUAAAUAAUUGUGUAGUUCAGAGCAAAAUAAGAGCACAACAUGCAGCAUGUUUGUCAUUCAGAUAAUAGCUCUGUGCAUUUACACUUCAGCCAGGAGCUGGUGCUGAGUUGAUGCUGAGGAUAGUAAUGGAGCAGGUAAUCAGAAUUGAGCUGGGAGCAUGAAACACAUCUGGCGCUGCUGUUGCCCAGAAGUUAAUCCUCAGUGUUUUUCUUGUUUUCCAGAGCAGGAGAAAUUAUUAGAUACUGUAACAGAGGAAUGUUGUGCACCUUAAGUCAAAUAGUAUUUAUAUGUAAGUAUGGUCUAAAUAUAUUGCUGAUUUUAUUUCAAAUUAAUACAUGUAUUUUAAGCUGUGACCAUGUAUGUUUUUGAAGCCAGCAGCUUGGGUCUCUCCCCUAUCUGGACCAAAGUGGUUCUGUAUGAAUGUAUUCUAUAAGGGGCCCAAAUCAGUAUGUUCAUUUUCUCUUAAAGCUGGUUAUGUACAAUAUAUUUGCAGUGAGGAACCAAUCAGUAAACUGUGUCCAGGUGUAUACAGUUCAUCAUAUAUUGUGUCCGUUUAUCAAACUUUGUCCUAAUAGUGAAAGAAUAAACUACAAUGUAUGUGAAAGAGUAUUUUUGCUGUGUAUUUUGUAUCAGUGCACAUUUAAGUGUCAUAAAUAAAAGAGAGAAUGCAUGUUGAAACAUUGAAGCAAUACAGCUGAAAACCCUUAGAAAAAAGUUAAAGAAAAUAAAUACAACUACAAUUC